AUGUUUACUUCAAACAAGGGCCCCCUGUUGAGUACGGCACUUGCUAUCUUCGGCCCGGGGUCCUUUCUCAGCACAUUCUUCGCUGAAUACAUCACCUUAACAUCAGCUAUGUUUAAUGCUGAGCUUUCAGGGGAUGCCAUUCGAACUAGUAGCGGUGGCUCAGUCUGUAUUGAGAUUGCCCCUCUUACAAAUAUGCUUUCCACUGCAUACUCAGACUCUUAUGUCGCAUCAGAUUCAUGCGUCACGCUAUACCUUACUGGCUCCACUGGCACACGCUCUAGCUAUAUUUCUGCAUCCUAUGACAUCAUGGCUAAGUGGCUUAAGGAUAUGUUUUCCGACAAAGAGAUCUUGACCAACACUUUAAAUGCUGCUGCAUUCCUUGCAAGCGAGCGUCAAUUUGAACUCCUACAAUCCUACUACACUAUCUACCAAGAUCUUGGCUCCGAAAUGAUGGUUCCGGAUUCUAGCUUGGCAGGCGUGGCUGUCGCUUCCUUCUUCCUGGGCCUCUAUAUCCUCAUUUUGUUUGCUCUUUCAUUGUAUGGAAGUAUCUACCCCCGUUGGACUUUACGACUGGACUCUUUUGCCAUGUUCCGCCUUGGGGCCGCUUUUGGCCAGGACAAUUCCACGGUCCUAGUUACGCGUGCGAAUCAUGAAGUCAAGUUGCUUGACGAAAUUUCUGGUGUGGUUCGGGAUAUUGGUAAUGUUGCAGAUGAUGCAAUUAUACCCAUUGGUCGAGUUGGUUUAGGGGAAGGCAAGCCCCUACGCGCGGGCCGAAGAUAUGAAUGCUAUGAAGGUGACAACGAGCCUUUGACAAUAGCAGAGAAGCGGAAGAUCACCGGUCAAUAUUAA